UAGGGAUCCAUCUCUUCAAUAAGUUGACAUGAAGGAUUCUAAUGGGGCGAACAUGAUCGGGAGUAGAGAUCUCAUAAGUAGUAGAGCCCAUUUUUUUAAUGAUCUCAAAUGGACCCUGCCACUUUGCCAAGAGCUUGCUCUCCUUGGUAGGAAACAUUACCAGCACUUUCUGUCCUGGGCUAAAACUCCUUUCACGUGCAGAUCGAUCAUACCACGUUCUUUGCUGAUGUUGUGAAGCUGCCAUGUUUUCCUGGGCCAGUGUGGUCAUUUUCUCCAACUUCUCCCUCAUCUGUAACACAUAGGAUACCACAUUAACAGAUUUUGUCCUCUUUGGUUCUCCUUCCCAGACGUCCUUUAGGAGACUUAAAGGACCUCUGACCUCAUGUGCAAAAAGCAGCUCGAAGGGUGAAAACCCAGUAGAGGCUUGGGGCACCUCCCUGUAUGCAAACAAGAGAUAAGGAAGCCACUGAUCCCAAUCGGAGCCCGUCUCGUUUACAAACUUGCGCAGCAUCUGCUUUAGUGUUUGGUUAAAUCUCUCUGUCAACCCAUCCGUUUGAGGAUGGUAGGGGGUCGUCCUCACCCCCCGGAUUCCCAACAACUGAUAUACAUCCUUCAACAGUUUGGACAUAAAGUUUGGGCCCUGGUCAGUCAGUAUCUCCUGGGGGAACCCUACUCUAGAGAAAAACUGCACUAAGCAGAAAGCAACAGGCUUCGCUUUAAUAGACCUCAGGGGGAAUACUUCAGGAUAUCUUGUGGCAUAGUCAGUAAUAACCAGCAUAAAUCUAUUUCCUGCUUUACUCCUUUCCACCGGUCCCAUGACAUCCAUUCCAAGACGUAAAAAGGGUGUACCAAUCACUGGAAGAGGAUGGAGGGGGGCUUUGCUGGGAAGUUGCGGAGACGUUUGCUGGCACUGAGGGCAGCUCCUACAAAACUGGGCGACAUCUUUACGUAGGCCUGGCCAGUGAAAGUGAUGUUGGAUCCUUGCUGCCGCUUUAUGCUUCCCUAGGUGGCGAGCCCAGGUAGCAGAGUGGCCAAGAGCAAGAAUAAUAUCUUGUGCUACUUUUGGAACCAUCAACUGUCUCACUGACUUAUGGCAACGAUAAAGAAUCCCCUCUUGAAUACAAUAACCCUCCAUGUCCAGAUCAUCCUCUGCACACUUGCUAGCCUUCCGCAGACACCCAGCCAGACUUGCAUCCUGCUGCUGCAACUCACAGAUAUUUUCCGGGAGCUCAAACCCACUGGGCAGUUCAGGAAUUGCUCCAGUCGGCGCUACCACUGUAUGCCUGAACCUUUCCUGCCGUCUCUGUCUACGAGACGUGUGGGCCUUCACUACUCCAGCCUUGAUUUGAGCAUCAUAAAAUGGCAGCUCCUGUAACGCUUUACCGGGAGAGUCCAUUCGCUCCUUGGCUUGGGCCCGUGUCAUCACCGCAUUACAGACUCUAACUGGAUUGAUCAAAUCCACAAGAGUUGGCAAGUCAUGGCCUAGUACUACAGGAAAUGGCAAGUUAUCUGUAAUGCCCACCUUCAACAAAUACAUUUGUCCAUCCACUUUAAUAUAGACCUCCGCCAUUGGAUAAGUCCUCUCAUCUCCAUGGACACAGCAAACAGGGAUAGUGUCAUCGGUAGAGAUGGUGUGAGGGGGAACAUAUUGCCUACGUACCAAUGUCUGUGUGCUUCCCGUAUCAAUAAGCACCUGUAGAGCCCGACCAUUAAUUUCAACAGUAAUUGUCUUCAGUGGAUAUUGAGAUCUUUGUUCUUCCAACACCUCCUUCCUCGGCACACAGCACAGUUGGGUCAUGUUUACAAUAUUCUGUGGGCAUCUGGGUUUUAUAUGGCCCUCUUGCCCACAUAAAUAGCACACAGGCCCCUUAGAGCCUCUGGACAAACCUUUUAAAGUUUGGUUCUCCUUCACAGGAGGCUUACCCCCAGCCAAUGGCAUGUCCUGAUGCUCCAAACCUGGUCUCUGAUCGUCCUUUGCUGUCUUCCAGGACUUGUAGGCCCAGGACCGGUUCUUAGGGCGGGCCGCAACAAACAUGUCUGCGAGUGAUGCAGCCUUAGAUGCCGUCCUGGGAUCAUGUUCCUUAAUCCAAACCUGGAGCUCAGGAGACAACAUCUUUAAAUACUGCUCCAGAAUCAUAAUCUCACUUAUUUCCUCAGUUGUCUUAUCUUUUGGUUGCACCCACUUCCCAUAAAGCUCUUUGAGUCUUACAUACAAUUCUCUGGGUGUUUCCUCAUUCUCCACAUGCAGAGAUCUAAAUCGCAGUCGGUAUGUCUCUGGAUUGAUGUCAUAUUUCUUCAGAAUAGCUGACUUCACCUUGUCAUAGUCCAGAGCAUCAUCAACAUCCAUGUGAACAUAAGCACUUCUCGCCUUACCCGUUAGUAGAGGAAUCAGCUGGAAAGCCCACUCUAAUCGUGGCCACCUACAAGCAGCUGCAAUUCUCUCAAAGGUAAUAAGAAAAUGUUCAAUGUCAUCCAGUUCCAUUAAUUUUUGUAGUUUAGGCUCUCUCAUGAAACGUGCCAUACCUUGACCACUCUCCUCCUGGCGUGGUGGGGCCACCGGUAAAGCAGCCUGUCCAGAAGCACCCUGCAGGCUGCCUCCUACUUGGAGAUCUGGGGGUAAAGUAUGUUCUAACCUCGAUUCGGGUCGAGAUUGCAUCUCCAACUGAAACAGACUGAACUGAUGCUGCAACGCUCGAAACCGCUGGUCUUGGCGCACCACUUCCUUGUCCCACUGAACCUCUCGUGCCUUUUGUUGGCCAAUGUGGGCCUGAAGAAUGGCCGCCAGAUCUGAAAUGAGAUUGUUGAUAACUGAUCAUCGGGACAUUUUGAGUUUUCAAACUUCAAGCUCUCUUCAUCAUCUCCCUUCACCAACCCCCCCCCCCCCCACGGCCUCACUGCAUCCUGCAGCCAUGGACAGCACCCCGAGGAGGUGGGUGCUGAAACCUUUGUCCCCACUCUUGCAACCCUCAGACCUGCGCACCAUUGCCCCCCUCCCCCAGAGUGAUACCCCUGGCCUGGAUGACCCAGGCGGCAUCUUCACCUCCCAGAAGGAUGAUGGGUCCCCGGACGUGGUGGUUCAGGCCUGGCAGGUUGUGGUUUCACAAGAUGAAGCAAGCAACAGUGACAAGUGUUCACCCAGUAGCCCUAACAGUCCCAGCAGCAGCACAGGCUCUCACUGCGGGUUUUAUUCCUUUGUGGAAGAUCCAGGAAGUCCAGAGGCUUUGCUGAAUGAGGCCUGGAUGGUCUCACCUCAGAGGCAGGCUAAGCUGGCAACCCUGAAGAAGGAACAAGGAUUCAAACUACAGAGCUACAGCAGCAACAGAAAGCCAGAGAGCCUGUUCUCAGAGAUCAGCUUAGACUCUCAGUAUAAAGUGGAUCCAAACAAUGGCAUCCAAGUGAUCGGGCAGGACGAAGAGAAUGCGCUUCGCAAGGAUAUAAUUCGCAACCAAGCUCCUAAGAACAUUCUAAAGUUCAAAGACCAGCUAGGCGCACUGGAGAAUUUGGAUCUGAGUAGAUCUGCAGACAAACUGAUCAAAGAUUUCAGUGUGAGCUACAGCCAUGUGAGCUCCAAACCGGAUCAUCCCCGUACUGCUGAACCUGGGGCCGUUGACCAUGAACAGAUCAACUUCACUGCUGCGCGAAAACAGUUUCUGCAGAUAGAGCAGGACCACCUGGUCACAUUUCUCAGCCCUCCAAAUGUCACAACAUCAUCUCUGCAGCAGGUUCCCUUGUCAAAGCAGGUGGAGACUUAUGGCUGUGGGUGGGAUACACUAGAACAAGAUGAAGCCUUCGGAAGUCGGAUGAGCGGGAUGUUCCAUGACCUGGAGCCUGGCCAACAGGAGUUGUCACUGGAAGUGGCUCAUGGUGCAUUCAGGAACAAACCUUUGCAGGAAAACAGGAGCAAGUGUGAGACUCCCAUUGAGAGAGAGAUCCGACUGCUUCAGGAACGUGAGGAGAAGCUCCGACAUGCCCGAGGCCUGAAGCACAGCGACGGCAGGGUGGAGAUGAUUGAAAUCAAAGUCAGACGUUUACAGUCUCCUCUGCUCAGAACUAAAGAGAAGAGCAGAGUUAGCUUCGUCAUCCAGCCAGAGACCCAAAAGCAGAACCAGAGGAAGGCUGGAGGCCUCUUGGAACAACACAAAGAAGGUUCUCCACAGAAGCUGAAGGAGGCAAGAAAGAAACUUGAUCAACAAGACCAGAGGACAGAAAAUGGACCUCAGUCUGAUGUCUUCCCUUCUUGCUACUGUCCCCAUCAACACAUUGAAGAAAUUGAAUUGUCCCAAAACACUGGUUUGUCUUCUAUAACAGCGUCUGAUGCCCAUGUUUCCUCUAUGCUGACCUACCAGUCGAAAACAACGCUGAGUAUGUCUCAGUUCUGGAAGGAAAAACGUGAGUCUAGUGGACUGCAGUCCAGCGGACAAGGCGCUCCAGACUUCAUUGAGAAGGAGAUUGAAGAGUAUCUGAGACGAGAGAAGGAGCUGAGAGAUCUGAGGGAGUCCAAGGAGGGAAAUCCGCUCCACCCCCGGUCUCCAGCUCCUCUGGUGGAACAAGCAGCACAGAUGGCUGAGCGUCAGUUCUACCCACCUUCAAACAUGGAUCAACCUGUCAACGUGUCCUCCUGCCCUCAGACGCCCGCUUGUCUUCCCUCCUUCGUUACUGCUCAGCCCUGGUCCUGCUCGUCCUCCUCCUCAUCUUCGAUGGUCAAGCUGGAGGACAGUUCUUAUGCAGGAAUCCACCCAAUCGACGCCGUCAACAAUGAGGUGGUGGAAUCAACUCGAGUUGUUCGGCAUAAAAACCAGCGAGCUCUGCGCUGGGAGGCCGGAGUGUUUGCCAACCAGGUGGACCAGGGAGACCCGUAGGUCCAAAUCCAGGCCUUGGGCCCUCAGGAAGAAAUAGAGCGGAUAUUGAUGACACAGAUGCUACAUGGUUUUGAAUUUCUCUGUAAAAUUAUUUGCUGUUCACGUGACAUCAGCUUUCCGUAAAUCUGCAAAAAUAAAGAAUUAAUCUUC